AUGCAACAACACGUUCUGUAAAGUUACUCUCAAAUCCAAAAUCUGUUCCAUUUGUAUGGGAGUAAAAAAAAAUGGCUGUUGCCGGGAAAAUCCCCCGCGAUCCGGUCCGGUGAAUUCUGCCUUCGCCGGUACAUCUUUGAUUUGUCCUCUCCUCAUUCCAAAUCCAUAACUCCACCUCUUUUCUUUCUCAAUUUGCACUUCCCAUUCUCAGAUCAAAUGCAUAGUUUGCGUGCUCGAACUCUCGAAUACAAGCUCGUGAUUAGUUUUGCAACUUCUUAAAAAAAUAGAAAAUAAUAAAUAUUAAUUCUUCUGAAUCUACUACUGAUACAUACUUGCUCGACUCGAGUUCAUGCUGCCAGCUGAAUAAUUGCUUCUAUUUUUUUUUUCUCAAAAUUCGAAAGGGAUCUCGUGUUGUUUAAGCAAUAGAUUGUUUUGGUCAAUUUUUUUUCAAUUUGGUUUUUGACGGAGGUUAACGACCUCGCAUAAUCAGUGUCCUGAGUGAUGUAUCUGAUAUCUUACUUGUUGUACAAGGGCGUGGCUGUUUUCUGGCGUGAACUCUCUGAAUUGAACAUUGUUGGUACAUAGCCCAAUAAGGCAAAAAGAAUGGUUAACUUUUCGAGUAUACUGGGGGAUGAGAAAUGUGAAAAGCACUUAAUUUUUAGUGGAGAAAUUGUUCUUGGAGGAAAUUUUAGGACAUUUUUGUAUUUUCUCGGCCUUGCUUAUUGUUUCAUUGGAUUAUCGGCUAUAACUGCUCGCUUCUUCCGAUCAAUGGAAAAUGUUGUGAAGCACACAAGGAAGGUAGUGGAGGUAGAUCCUGUUACUAAAACUGAAAUUAUUAGAUAUGAAAAAGUUUGGAAUUACACAAUUGCGGAUAUUAGCUUGUUGGCCUUUGGAACUAGCUUUCCUCAGAUAUCAUUAGCCACCAUCGAUGCUAUACAAAACAUAGGGAAGCUUUAUGCUGGAGGUUUGGGACCUGGAACACUUGUUGGUUCUGCUGCAUUUGACCUUUUCCAGAUCCACGCUGUUUGUGUAGUAGUUCCAAAAGCAGGAGAGCUGAAAAAGAUUGCUGAUCUAGGAGUAUGGCUGGUGGAGCUGUUUUGGUCAUUUUGGGCUUACUGUUGGUUAUACAUAAUUUUGGAGGUGUGGACUCCAAAUGUGGUGACUCUGUGGGAAGCCUUGUUGACAGUACUGCAGUAUGGAUUACUAUUGAUCCAUGCUUAUGCUCAAGACAAACGUUGGCCCUAUAUUUCUCUACCAAUUGCAAGAGAUGAUAGGCCUGAGGAUUGGGUGCCAGAAGAGACUCCUUACUUUCAACAAGAAGCGCAUGAGAAGGUGGAGUGCUAUGACGAAAAAAAUGUGGACACUGUUGAAAUUUUUUCCAUUUAUUCAGAAAACCUGACUGAUCCAUUGUAUGUCAGAGUACCUCAAAUAGAUGAGGAGGCUGAAAUUUCAGACGAAGUUAAAGAAACUACGUUGGAGGAUACCCAUUUGUUUACAAUUUGGACACAACAAUUUGUGGAUGCACUGAGGUUGGAGAGCCCAGAAUCAAAAAAAUUGAACAAUGUCUAUCUCCGCAUAGCUCGAAUUUUCUGGCAAUUGCUGCUUUUACCAUGGAGAUUUUUGUUUGCUUUUGUUCCUCCAUGCCAAAUCGCUCAUGGGUGGAUCUCCUUCAUUUGCUCUCUGCUUUUCAUCAGUGGGAUAGCUUACAUUGUGACUAGGAUCACAGACCUUAUAAGCUGCGUCACAGGCAUUAAUCCUUAUGUUAUAGCAUUUACAGCACUAGCCAGUGGAACCUCAUGGCCUGAUCUAGUGGCGAGCAAGAUUGCUACUGAACGUCAAAAAACCGCAGAUUCUGCAAUUGCAAACAUCACUUGCAGCAAUUCAGUGAAUAUAUAUGUUGGUAUUGGCGUUCCAUGGCUUAUUGAUACUUUGUACAACUUCAUAACAUAUAGAGAACCUCUCCGAAUCCAAAAUGCAGGGGGACUAAGCUUUUCGUUGAUUGUUUUCUUCUCCACUUCUGUUGGCUGUAUAACAGCUUUGGUUUUUAGGCGUAUAAUUUUGGGUGCAGAGCUAGGAGGGCCGAGGCUCUGGGCAUGGAUUACCAGCGCGUUCUUCACGUUGUUGUGGAUUAUUUUUAUUUUACUAUCUUCGUUAAAGGUUUCUGGGUUUAUUUAGAAUUAUUUAGGGAACAUAUUUAGUCACUUAAAUUUAUGACAUAGGUCAAACGCCAUCUUUCUGGGUAUUACUUCUAUUUUUCUCUCUUUACAUGUAUUACAUAUUUUGAUUAAAAGGCUUGUGGGGUGGGGAUUCCAACAAUUAUCUAAUCUAAUAGCCAUUAGAUAUUGAUUUAGGUGGUGAAGUGAAUAGAAAAGGCCCCACGGUAUAUAAUU